GACUUCUCUAAUGGCUGCCAGUAACAAUGGUCAUCACCAGGUUGUGGAACUGUUACUUAAAGAAGGUGGUGAUGCUAACAUUCAACACAAUGAUGGAUGGACUUCUCUAAUGGCUGCCAGUAGCAAUGGUCAUCACCAGGUUGUGGAACUGUUACUUAAAGAAGGUGGUGAUGCUAACAUUCAAAACAAUAAUGGAUGGACUUCUCUAAUGGCUGCCAGUAGCAAUGGUCAUCACCAGGUUGUGGAACUGUUACUUAAAGAAGGUGGUGAUGCUAACAUUCAAAACAAUAAUGGAUGGACUUCUCUAAUGGCUGCCAGUAGCAAUGGUCAUCACCAGGUUGUGGAACUGUUACUUAAAGAAGGUGCUGAUGUUAACCCUCAAAACAAUGAUGGAUGGACUUCUCUAAUGGCUGCCAGUCACAAUGGUCAUCACCAAGUUGUGGAACUGUUACUUAAAGAAGGUGCUGAUGUUAAUAUUCAAGAUAAUAUUGGAAAGACUGCUCUAAUAAUUGCUAGUGACAAUGGUCAUUAUCAGGUUGUGGAUCUGUUACUUAAAGAAGGUGCUAAUGCUAACAUUCAAAGCAAUAAUAGAGAGACAGCUCUGAUGGGUGCCAGUCAGAAGGGCCGUCACCAGAUUGUGGAACUGUUACUUAAAGAAGGUCAUGCUGAUACUGAAAUUCAAACUCAUAAAGAUGGAGCAACUGCACUAAUGCUGGCCAGUGAACAAGGUCAUACACAAGUUAUUGAAUUAUUACUGAAGUAUAAUGCUGAUCCUAAUGUACAAGAUAAAAUAGGAAGAACUGCUUUGUAUGUAGCUAGUAGAGGUGGUCAUCACCAGGUUGUGGAACUGUUACUUAAAGAAGGUGGUGAUAUUAAUCCUCAAAACAAUAAUGGAUGGACUUCUCUAAUGGCUGCCAGUAGCAAUGGUCAUCACCAGGUUGUGGAACUGUUACUUAAAGAAGGUGCUGAUGCUAACAUUCAAAACAAUAAUGGAUGGACUUCUCUAAUGGCUGCCAGUAACAAUGGUCAUCACCAGGUUGUGGAACUGUUACUUAAAGAAGGUGGUGAUGCUAACAUUCAACACAAUGAUGGAUGGACUUCUCUAAUGGCUGCCAGUAGCAAUGGUCAUCACCAGGUUGUGGAACUGUUACUUAAAGAAGGUGGUGAUGCUAACAUUCAAAACAAUAAUGGAUGGACUUCUCUAAUGGCUGCCAGUAGCAAUGGUCAUCACCAGGUUGUGGAACUGUUACUUAAAGAAGGUGGUGAUGCUAACAUUCAAAACAAUAAUGGAUGGACUUCUCUAAUGGCUGCCAGUAGCAAUGGUCAUCACCAGGUUGGGAACGUUACUAAAGAAG